CCUCCUCGCCUGGGGAGUGGGGAGGAGUCAGUCGCUCCGACGCCGCCCCUCUCCUAUUGUCUAGCCUCCCUCUUCUGUUCCUCGCGCCGCGGCGGCCUCGACCUCGCCGCCGGCGAGCCAUGGACCUGCGGUCCGCCGCACGUUUCGCGCCCUCCGAGAUUGCAAGGAUGGAGAAGUUGGCUGCAGACAGAAAAGAGCAAGUCUUAGAUGACAAAUUCUGCAAGAAGCUUGCAGAAGAAUUUAAUUGCUCUGCAGGUCGAGUUGGAAGUAGAGCACUACAGGAUACACAGGUUCAAGAAUGGUUCCUUAGUAAGUUCCCAGCAUCAAGCAUUAAACCUACUUGCUUGCCUGCUGCUUCUGAAGAAAAAGAUUUAGCCUCAGAAGUAAAUGUGUCAGUUUCUGAGAAAAAGGCUGCAGCUUCUGAAGAAAAACUUGUAGCUCUUGAUACGAGUAUUUCAAACAACAAGGAUGAGGUUUCUCCUGAUUCUCCAAUAGAAACUGGAGAUAAGGUUCCUGAACUUGAAAAGUUGGAGUUUGAGGCUAAGUCAACAAAGGAUUCUGCAUGGUACGACAUUGCUAUUUUCUUGGCACACAGGAGGAAUAAGGCGGGUGAAGUUGAAGUCCGGGUGAGGUUCGAGGGGUUUGGGGCUGACGAGGAUGAGUGGGUGAAUGUCAAGAAGGCUAUCCGCCAACGCUCCAUUCCGCUGGAGUUCUCGCAGUGCAGAAACAUUGUUGAAGGAGAUCUUGUCCUCUGCUUCAGGGAAGGAAACGAAGAAGCAUUGCAUUUCGAUGCGCAUGUUCUUGAAAUCCAGCGGAAACAGCAUGAUAUAAGGGGAUGCAGAUGCGUCUUCCUUGUCGAAUAUGAUCAUGAUGGAAGUCAGGAGAGGGUGAGCCUGAGGAGAUUGUCCCGGCGACCAAAGUACUUCUGAUGGCUCCUGUCGUAGCUGAUGUGCUUCCCGCGCAAUAUGCGCUUAUAUCGAACUAACUGGAACGUCAAACCUAGUUAGGGAAUGAACUCUGUCCCGUUCUUAGCUAUGUCUAUAGUAACUCCCGGGAGCAAGCGUAUGUUUUGGCCCUCCUUGGCACCGAACUUCUGUAAUGGCUGUUAGCAGGUUGAUGAUGGCCUGAUUUUGUAAACAUUUUCUGGUGCAAAAGAGGGGAGUCGGAGUUUCGCUACCGUGUCAAUUGUCAAUA